UGUGCCAACGAGGCCCCGCGUCUCGUUGCACCCGCCUUGGCUGGGGUCGGAGCUGCGGCACUGCCCGUCGCUAGCCCCCACCGCGCCCCCGGGAGCAGUAAGUACAUACAGGCCGAACCACCCACCAACAAGUCCCUGUCCAGCCUGGUUGUGCAGUUGCUGCAGUUUCAGGAAGAAGUUUUUGGCAAACAUGUCAGCAACGCACCGCUCACCAAACUGCCGAUCAAAUGUUUCCUAGAUUUCAAAGCAGGAGGCUCCCUGUGCCACAUUCUUGCAGCUGCCUACAAAUUCAAGAGCGACCAGGGAUGGCGGCGCUACGACUUCCAGAACCCAUCACGCAUGGACCGGAACGUGGAGAUGUUCAUGACCAUUGAGAAGUCGUUGGUACAGAAUAAUUGCCUAUCGCGACCUAACAUUUUUCUGUGCCCAGAAAUUGAACCUAAACUGCUAGGGAAAUUAAAGGACAUUAUCAAGCGCCACCAGGGAACAGUCACCGAGGAUAAAAACAAUGCCUCCCACGUCGUGUAUCCUGUCCCCGGGAACCUGGAGGAAGAGGAGUGGGUCCGACCGGUCAUGAAGAGGGACAAACAGGUUCUUCUGCACUGGGGCUAUUACCCUGACAGUUACGAUACCUGGAUCCCAGCCAGUGAGAUCGAAGCAUCCGUGGAAGAUGCGCCCACUCCCGAGAAGCCUAGGAAGGUUCACGCCAAGUGGAUCCUGGACACUGACACCUUCAACGAAUGGAUGACGGAGGAGGACUAUGAAGUGAACGACGACAAAAAUCCCGUCUCCCGCCGAAAGAAGAUUUCAGCCAAGACGUUGACAGAUGAGGUGAACAGCCCAGAUUCAGAUCGACGGGACAAGAAGGGGGGGAACUACAAGAAGAGGAAGCGCUCCCCCUCUCCUUCGCCAACUCCAGAAGCUAAGAAGAAAAACGCUAAGAAAGGUCCCUCGACACCUUACACCAAAUCAAAGCGUGGGCACAGGGAAGAGGAGCAAGAAGACCUGACAAAGGACAUGGACGAGCCCUCACCAGUCCCAAACGUGGAGGAGGUGACGUUGCCCAAAGCAGUCAACACCAAGAAGGACUCCGAGUCAGCCCCGGUCAAAGGCGGCACCAUGACCGACCUGGACGAGCAGGAGGACGAGAGCAUGGACACCACCGGCAAGGAUGAGGAUGAGAACAGCACGGGGACCAAGGGGGAGCAGGCCAAGAACCCAGACCUGCAUGAGGACAACGUGACCGAGCAGACGCACCACAUCAUCAUCCCCAGCUACGCCGCCUGGUUCGACUAUAACAGUGUUCACGCCAUCGAGCGCAGGGCUCUCCCCGAGUUCUUCAACGGCAAGAACAAAUCCAAGACGCCAGAAAUCUACCUGGCCUAUCGAAACUUCAUGAUUGACACUUACCGGCUGAACCCCCAAGAGUAUCUCACCUCCACCGCCUGCCGCCGGAACCUGGCAGGCGAUGUCUGCGCCAUCAUGAGGGUCCACGCCUUCCUGGAGCAGUGGGGUCUUAUUAACUACCAGGUGGAUGCUGAGAGUCGACCAACCCCAAUGGGGCCCCCCCCCACCUCCCACUUUCAUGUCUUGGCGGACACACCAUCAGGGCUGGUGCCGCUGCAGCCCAAGACCCCCCAGGGCCGCCAGGUCGAUGCUGAUGCCAAGGCUGGGCGAAAGGGCAAAGAGCUGGAUGACCUGGUGCCAGAGACGGCUAAGGGCAAGCCAGAGCUGCAGACAUCUGCUUCCCAGCAAAUGCUCAACUUCCCUGACAAAGGCAAAGAGAAGCCAGCCGACAUGCAGAACUUCGGGCUCCGCACCGACAUGUACACCAAGAAGAACGUCCCUUCCAAGAGCAAGGCAGCAGCCAGUGCCACACGGGAGUGGACAGAACAGGAGACGCUGCUGCUCCUGGAGGCGCUGGAGAUGUACAAGGACGACUGGAACAAGGUGUCGGAGCACGUGGGCAGCCGCACCCAGGACGAGUGCAUCCUGCAUUUUCUUCGUCUUCCCAUUGAAGACCCGUACCUGGAGGACUCGGAGGCCUCGCUGGGCCCCCUGGCCUACCAGCCCAUCCCCUUCAGCCAAUCAGGCAACCCUGUCAUGAGCACGGUGGCCUUCCUGGCGUCUGUCGUUGACCCCCGAGUCGCCUCUGCCGCGGCCAAGUCAGCCCUAGUGGAAGAAGCAGCCAAAGUGACCGGCAGGGCGGACCCCGCCUUCGGCCUGGAGAGCAGCGGCAUCGCGGGGACCACGUCCGACGAGCCCGAGCGCGUCGAGGAGAGCGGGACUGAAGAGGCGCGGACGGAGGGCCAGGCCGCAGAGGAGAAGAAGGAGCCCAAGGAGCCCCGAGAAGGAGCGGGGGCUGGAGAGGAGGAAGCAAAGGAGAAGAGCAGCGAGGCUCCCAAGAAGGAGGAAGAGAAGGGGAAGGAAGGCGACAGCGAGAAGGAGUCAGAGAAGAGCGAGGGGGACCCGGCAGUUGACCCUGAGAAAGAGAAGGAGCCACAGGACGGGCAGGAGGAGGUGCUGAAGGAAGUGGCCGAGGCAGAGGGCGAGAGGAAGACGAAGGUGGAGCGCGACAUCGGCGAGGGCAACCUCUCCACCGCCGCCGCCGCCGCCCUGGCCGCCGCCGCCGUGAAGGCCAAGCACUUGGCUGCGGUGGAGGAGAGGAAGAUCAAGUCGCUGGUGGCCCUGCUGGUAGAGACCCAGAUGAAGAAGCUGGAGAUCAAGCUCCGGCACUUCGAAGAGCUGGAGACGAUCAUGGACCGGGAGCGGGAAGCCCUGGAGUACCAGCGGCAGCAGCUCCUGGCGGACAGACAGGCCUUCCACAUGGAGCAGCUCAAGUACGCGGAGAUGCGGGCCCGGCAGCAGCACUUCCAGCAGAUGCACCAGCAGCAGCCGCCGCCGCAGGCCCUGCCGCCAGGCUCCCAGCCCAUCCCGCCCCCCGGCGCCCCCGCGCCCGCUGGCGGCGGGGCCCCUCCUGGCAGCCUGGGCCCGACCGAGCAGAUGGGGCAGGCAGGAUCCACUGCGGUGCCACAGCAACAGCCACCCGCUGGAGCCCCCCAGCCUGGGGCGGUCCCACCAGGGGUACCCCCCCCUGGACCCCAUGGCCCCUCACCGUUCCCCAACCAACAAACUCCUCCCUCAAUGAUGCCAGGGGCAGUGCCAGGCAGCGGGCACCCAGGCAUGGCGGGUAAUGCUCCUUUGGGUUUGCCUUUCGGCAUGCCGCCUCCUCCUCCUCCAUCCGUCAUCCCAUUCGGUAGUCUAGCCGACUCCAUCGGCAUUAACCUCCCCCCGCCCCCUAACCUGCAUGGGCAUCACCACCACCUCCCGUUUGGCCCGGGCACCCUCCCCCCACCUAACCUGCCUGUGUCCAUGGCGAACCCCCUGCACCCUAACCUGCCGGCGACCACCACCACGCCAUCUUCCUUGCCUCUCGGGCCGGGGCUCGGAUCCGCCGCAGCCCAGAGCCCUGCCAUUGUGGCAGCCGUUCAGGGCAGCCUCCUGCCCAGUGCCAGCCCACUGCCAGACCCAGGCACGCCCUUGCCUCCAGACCCCACGGCCCCAAGCCCAGGCGCGGUCACCCCCGUGCCGCCCCCACAGUGAGGAGCCAGCCAGACAACUCUCCCUCACCCCCCGUGGAAAGCAAGGCUCCAGGAACAGCCCUCCCCCGCAGGGGAGCCUCACUACGUAAGGAAAGCUCCUGCCCCAGCCCACCGCGGAUCGCCCCAGGACUUGUGUAAAAGAUGUUUCUGAUGAGUCUGCAGGGAGAGGCCAGGCGCAGCCCUCAGGAAGCGCUGGGGGAGUGUGCGUACAAGGCUCCCACUGACCACUUCUGGGGUGCACCCCUCAAAACUACUGCAUUUUGUACGGCUAACGUAAGCCCUUCAAAAGGGAGUAGACACAAAAAAGCCACAUUGGAGCUCUCCGCCCACUAAAAAAUCCUGCUUUUACGAUUGAGGAGGGAGGUGUUUUAGGAAAGGGGAAUUAGGGUUCGGGGGUAGAAUAGGGCUCAGAAUCUGCCUUGUGCAGGCCCUUGUUAGUGACGAGUCCAUUCCCGAACCCCAGCCACCAGCCCACCCCAUUUAUCCCUACUAAUGUCUCCUGCUGCUGCCCCGUGUCGCUUCCGGCCACCCCCGCUCGGCCCGUGGCCCUGGCCCCGCUGAGCGUCAUUUGUGUGUUUCUGAAAGCCACCUGCAUAGUCAUGUGGACGUAGUGUAUUCGGUGGGGGACUUAUUUGGGGACCCUGUGGUAGGUGAGCGAGGAAGAGGGUACGCGGGCUGCUCCUCCCCUCCCGGCUGGUCAGUGGCUCCGAGGAGGCUUGGCAAGGGAGCAGGGAGGGGUGGGGAGUUGUAAAAGUCUGGAAUUUUAAGAAGCACUUAAGCACCUCCUUGCGGCAGGGUGGGCCACCCCUCGGGCCUCUCCCCUCCACCAGCGCCAUCGGGACCUUGACUGGUAGUCAGGGGUCCCCUGGGUGAGGACUCGGACCAGGGAGGGGGGGCGCCCAGCUGCGUGGUGGCCUCCGGGGCGGCAGGGCUCCGCCCCAGGAUCCCAGCGCCCCCCCAAGCCAGGCCGGCGCCAGAGCUCCUGGGCCCUGCAGGCCCGUGUCCCUCACGGCCCUUCCUCCCUUUGCGUCUUGGCACUCUUCUGUUGAAGUUUCUGUAAAUGUUCUCUUUUUUCUUUCCUUUUUUUUUUAUAAAUUAAUUUGCUUUCAGUUACACCUGUGGAUGCC